AUGGACGCCGCAUUACUUAAUAUCAAAGCAUGGUCAUUCGGCAGGCUCUUUGUGGUAUUGGAUAUCAUUGCCUUCUUCGUGCAAGUCAUUGGGGCUAUCGUCGCGGCCUCGUCCUCAAUCAAGGGCGGAAAUCUUGGCUCUGUCGGCCUGGAUAUCUAUAUGGGAGGGUGUGGGUUCCAACAGCUUUGCAUUCUCGGAUUCCUCACGUGCGCUGCCCUCUUGCACAAACGAUUGCGUUCCAUCCAGGAAGUCGAAGCGAAGCGCCGUGCGACUAUUCUAAUAUUCGUCGAGUACAUUAUCAUCGUGCUCAUAACGAUACGGAUUGUAUUUCGCCUGGUUCAGUACAGUCAAGGUUUCAAGUCCGACAUCUCCAACAACGAGGCCUAUGAAUACGUUCUAGAUUCUCUUCCCAUGUUUGUGGGACUAGUCCUCCUGAAUAUCUACCAUCCGGGUAGGCUGAUGCCAGGCCAAGAAGCCGACAUACCUAGCCACCAGGCGCGGCGAAUGGCAAGCAGGAAUGGAUCACCUACGAGGGGAAGACUCACAGAGAGCAAAUACGCGCUUGUUGAGAAUCCCCCAGCCUACGAGUAG